ACUUAUGCCGCUUAGUGCAGUGUAAAAGGAGAUCAGAGUAAUGCCUUUAAUGUUCUCAUUUUCCAGAUUUAAUUUCUAUUUCAGAGUCAUUAGCAGAUUGGAUCCUACUGUCAGUCAAUAUCUACAACGUCGUUGGAUGCAUAGACGAGAAUUGUGGGCAGCAUGUUUUAGAGACAACGUGCUGACUUUUGGGAAUGAUACCAAUAAUCGCGUCGAGAGCUCUCACAAGCAAAUGAAACGGUAUUUGCAAAGAUGUGAUAGUCUGCAUAAAAGUAUGCUAAAGGUGUAUAAAUGGUAUGAACGAAGUUUUUCAAGAAUACAACAGGAGGCGGUUAUUGCCCAGUCGCGAUGCUUCACUUAUCCAUGUGCACAACGUGUAAUCCCAAUAAUACGAUUGCUGACGCCCUACGCCGCGAGGAAGGUAAUACGUGAAUACCAAUGGCGACGAUGGGCUACUGUUGAGUUUGAAUCUUUUGAUUAUGUAUUUUUCAAAGAAAAUGGGAAUACAGUGCAGGUUGAUCUGAGUGCUUGCACCUGCACGUGCUUUACAUUUCAGACCUGUCGGUACCCCUGCCGACACUUGCUUUUGGUCCACUUCAGAAAGC